CGGACGCUGGACCCUGCGAGGUGCGCCUGCGCAUUGCAGAGGUGCUCGCGUUCUGGCCGGAAGCACAUGUUGGGGCUGGAGAUUCCUGGGGAUGGAAACGCAGAUGGAGGCCCAGAGCGCGGGGGUCGAGGACGGCUUCACCCAAGUCACCCGCAAGGGUGGCCGGCGGGCGAAGAAACGGCAGGCUGAGCAGCUGUCCGCGGCGGGGGAGGGCGGGGACGCGGCCCGCAUGGACACAGAGGAGGCCCGGCCCGCGAAGAGACCCGUUUUCCCGCCCCUCGCUGGGGAUGGAUUCCUGAGUGGGAAAGAAGAAACAAGGAAAAUUCCGGUCCCAGCUAACAGAUACACGCCAUUAAAAGAAAACUGGAUGAAGAUAUUUACUCCUGUUGUAGAACAUUUGGGACUUCAGAUACGCUUUAACUUGAAAUCGAGGAAUGUAGAGAUCAGGACUUGUAAAGAAACCAAGGAUGUUAGUGCUCUGACAAAAGCAGCUGAUUUUGUGAAAGCCUUUAUUCUUGGGUUUCAGGUAGAGGAUGCAGUUGCCCUCAUUAGGUUGGAUGACCUCUUCCUAGAGUCCUUUGAAAUUACAGAUGUGAAGCCCCUAAAGGGAGACCACCUGUCAAGAGCAAUAGGAAGAAUCGCUGGCAAAGGAGGAAAAACCAAAUUCACCAUAGAGAAUGUGACACGGACGCGGAUAGUUUUGGCCGAUGUGAAAGUUCACAUCCUUGGCUCUUUCCAGAACAUCAAGAUGGCAAGAACUGCCAUAUGCAACCUUAUCCUGGGAAAUCCUCCAUCAAAGGUUUAUGGCAAUAUCCGAGCCGUGGCUAGCAGAGCAGCAGAUCGGUUCUGAUUUCAAAUCAAGAGACUUUUUAUCUUGUCUUUGGACUCUAGAGAAAAAGCCUUCUCCUCCACAUGUGGUCACAAGAAACUACGUGAAGAGUAUUCCAGUCACUCUAAGCCUUCAUCACUUCUGUUCUCACAGCCAGAAGCAUAAACAGAAAGGAAAGGUUUGGUAAUACAGCAACUUUGAGGAUAAUUUCCAUGUCUGAAUUUGGCACACUAUACUUACACAUUAACUAUAACUUAUUACUUCGUUUUCAAUAAAAGAUUUGCAUUAUGAUUCUUCUAGGAGGGAAACUUCUGGUUUAAACAGUACUGUAUGAACUUAUCAAUUUAUUUAUAAAUUUAUAACUUUUUAUAAAUUUAUAAACAUUUCUUGUCCAUGGAGUGUAAUUAAAAAAAUCGCACAAAA